AUGGACCCUUACGAUGGCUACCGUUAUCACCAGCGAGAAUGCGAAGACGACAGGCAAUACAUGAACAGUGGAAUGCCACGUGCCCGAAGCCCUUUUCUGAGAACAAUGGAUACGGUUUCCUCCACUAUCAUUCUCCGCGGAAUGUCCACAUCGAUCACCGACCGAGAUCUGCGAUAUGCCCUCGAGGAUGAAAGAGCACGUUAUACUGACAUACGUCUAGUGAAGGACAGAAAGACUGGCAUUUCAAAGGGAAUGGCGUUCGUCGAUUUUUGCUCCCCAGACGAUGCGCGGAGGUUCAUGAGGGAUUGUCAUGGCGAAUUAGAAAUUCGUGGAUACAGCAUAAAAAUGAAUUUCAGUGCACCUAGGGAUGAGCGGGAUGAGGAAAGGUUUCAGCAACAGCCCCCUUUCCCAUCUAGUUCUAAAUUUGUCGGUCGCUCAGAGCCGCCUUCAUCGACCAUUAUGAUGAGAGGAUUGCCCUCAUCUCUUGAGGAACGUGAUGUGAUCGAUGUUCUUGAUAGGGACGGUGUACGUUAUGUGGACGUGCGCGUUAUUCGCGACAAAAAUACAGGCAAAGGCUUCGGUUUUAUCGAAUUCGCUUCCGUCGAGGAAGCAAGGCAGUGGAUGGAGAUCCAAAAAGAGGUCUUACGUGUUCGUCGAAAUGACCUGCGUCUGAUGUUCAGUUCUCCAAGGUACCCACCUGAAAUGGGUAGGAAUUUAGACGCUCCCCCCAGUGGAAGGCCAGUAAUACCUGCACUCUCAAGCAGAUUCGGCCCACCGAAUGACGUGAGCACCGGCGACUGGAUUUGCUCCAGGUGCUCAAGCCACAACUUCAGACGCCGCGACCAGUGCUAUCGCUGUCAGUUACCACGAUCGCAGAGUCAGACUGUGGCUAAUUCAUCUGACGGGUCCGACCUUAUUGGAGCCACACCCUGCAACACACUGAUUUUGCGUUGCCUGGAUGCACUAACAACCGAAGACAGCAUUCGUCAGGCAUUCCAAGACAUAGCUGACGUCAAAGUCCGCCAGUGUCACGUAAUGAGGGAUGACGUUACCCACGUGUCGCGGUGUUUUGCAUUUGCUGAACUCCCUAACGUUGCCGACGCCUACAAGGUAGUUGACACAAUAGUGAGGGAACACCAGCUCUUCGAAAUCGAAGGAAAGGCUGUUGCGGUUAGUUACGCGAAAAAUACCUUCAAUACCAUUAUGGCAACGUUGAAGGCAGAGGGGUCGUACAAUGCUAAAUUAAAUGCCAGUCGCUCACUUUCCAGUGAAUUGAGCAGUGCAGCUUCGAACAACAUAGAUUCUCAAACUGUGGCAAAGAACGCUGUCGCCGCCGGCCAGUAUACCAACUCCAUGGAUGGGAUUGCUGUCGCACAGGCAGCCAUUCAGCAAAAGCAAACGGAAGCACAGAUCGCAUCAGUCAUCGCAAAGUCAAUCCACCAACCCGGAGACAUUACCCAGGCCGCUGCCACCGUUGCUACUUUCCCUUUGCCCACCAUGCCCUUCAAUGCCGCAACAGCAGCUACUACUGUUUAUCGGCUUCUUUAUGAACCCAAUACUCGGUACUUCUUUGAUCGGGCUACACAAGAGUAUUUCUAUUACGAAGCGUCCCGAAGCACCUAUAUUCCAGCUAGCCAAGUAGCUGCCAUGAAUGAAACCAGUAAAACCGCCGAUACUGGAUACGCGAUCUUGCAGGCCACAUCGUCCACUCUAUUAAAUCAGCCAGGCACUGCUGCAGCCGGCCUAGUUGCCCACUACGGUGGUGAAGAUAGUGACGAGUCGAACCAUGCAGAGGCCGAAAACCCACAAUCACAAGACAACAGGGAGUUGGAGGCCCAAGUAGCUGCUGAGGAAUCAAAGUUAAUGGACUGGGCCAAAUUGGCCUGUCUACUCUGCUCCCGCGGUUUCAAAGACGUUGAAACAAUGCAGAAACACCGGAGCUUCUCCAACCUUCAUAUUCAAAAUUUCAACAAGCUUCGUGCCAAAUACGGCUUGAAGCCAACUUCGGCUGCGGCGUCACAAUAUCGAGAUAGAGCGAAGGAACGUCGUGAAAAGUUCGGUUUAGUGCCACCAGCUGCCGCUGAAGUGCGAAACGCAUCACCCCCUGGACCUCCAGUCAUAAUAGAACCCGUACCAGCUGCGCCGCCGGCUCCUGAUGCUCCCAACGUAGGCAGCCUAUUAAUGCAAAAAAUGGGCUGGCAGGCUGGACAAGGACUUGGUAAAGCCAAUCAAGGCAGGACACAGCUAGUUGAAGCAGAAUUCCGCGAAGCCGGUGUUGGCCUGGGGAUCAAGACCUCUAAGAGACAGCCACCCGCAGACAACUACAAGGACAACGUCAAAAGAGCCAUGUUUGCACGAUACCACGAAAUUGAGUGA